AUGAAGGCUUCCUGGUCUUUUGCAGCAUCUGUCGCUGCUCUCGCCUCCAAGGCCGUCGCUUCUAGCGACUGCCACUGCCUGCCCGGCGAUAGCUGCUGGCCCUCGACCUCCAGCUGGGACUCCCUCAACAACACUGUGGGCGGUCGCUUGGUUGCGACUGUUCCCAUUGGUACUCCUUGCCAUGACCCUAACUACAAUGGCGCCGAGUGCACGAACCUGCAGGAUGACUGGUACUACCCGCAGACUCACUUGGUCUCUUCUUCAUCUGUUAUGCAACCGUACUUUGCCAACCAGAGCUGUGAUCCUUUCCAGCCCGAGUCCCGGCCCUGCCUGCUUGGCAACUACGUGAGCUACGCCGUCAACGUCUCCACGACCGAUGAUGUUGUUGCUGCGGUCAAGUUCGCCCAGGAGAACAACAUCCGUCUCGUGAUCAGGAACACCGGUCAUGACUACCUUGGCCGUUCCACCGGUGCUGGUGCCCUGGCCAUCUGGACUCACUACCUGAACGACGUCGAAAUCACAGAGUGGUCGGAUUCCACCUACGCGGGUUCGGCUGUCAAGCUGGGCAGUGGUGUCACGGGCUACAAUGUGCUCGAUGCUACUCACGGAAAGGGAAUUGUUGUCGUCGGCGGCGAAUGCCCUACUGUCGGCCUCGCUGGUGGAUACACCAUGGGCGGCGGUCACUCCGCCCUGAGCACUGCCUUCGGUCUGGGUGCUGACCAGACCCUGUCCUUCGAGGUUGUCACCGCUUCGGGCGAGGUCAUCACGGCCUCCCGGACCAACAACACCGAUCUGUACUGGGCCCUCAGUGGUGGUGGUGCCGGUAACUUCGGUGUUGUCACCUCUCUCACCGUCAAGGCCCAUCCCGAUGCCACCAUCUCCGGUGCUGCGCUCGAAUUCACCAUCGCCAACAUCACCUCCGAUCUCUUCUACGAGGCUGUGGAGCGCUUCCACACCUUGCUGCCCGCCAUGGUUGAUGCCGGCACCACCGUCAUCUAUGAGAUGACCAACCAGGUCUUCCUCAUCAACCCCUUGACCGCCUACAACAAGACCACCGCUGAGGUCAAGACCAUCUUGUCUCCCUUCCUCUCUGCUCUGACCGACCUGGGCAUCGAGUACACCGUCGCUUACACCCAGUACUCCUCUUACUACGACCACUACGAGAAGUACAUGGGACCCCUCCCCUACGGCAACCUCGAGGUCGGCCAGUACAACUACGGCGGCCGCCUCCUCCCCCGUGACACCCUUACCUCGAACGCCGCCGAUCUCGUCUCCGUCCUCCGCAACAUCACCUCCGACGGUCUCAUCGCCGUCGGCGUCGGCCUGAACGUCACCAACUCCAACGACACCGCCAACGCUGUCUUCCAGCCCUGGCGUAACGCCGCCGUGACCAUGCAGUUCGGUUCCACCUGGAACGAGACUGCCCCUUGGUCCGAGAUGGUCGCCGACCAGCUGCGCAUUGCCCACGACUACAUUCCCCAGUUCGAGGCCGUGACCCCUGGCUCGGGCGCCUACGAGAACGAGGGCAGCUUCCGUCAGCAGAACUGGCAGAAGGAAUUCUUCGGCGAUAACUACGCCCAGCUCUGCGAGGUCAAGGAGAAGUAUGAUCCCGACCAUGUCUUCUACGUCACCAAGGGUGCCGGUAGCGAGUACUGGUCUGUGGCCGAGUCGGGUCGCAUGUGCAAGACCCAGCAGGCGUGCGCUGCUGUUUGA